AUGGAUGUAGAAUAAAUAGAACUUAACAUGGCGCCUUAAAUAUCUGAUUAGAAUUAAGGGAAUGAAUAAGUCUAAAGUUCAUAACUUGCUCUUAAUGCAGUGAUGCAAGAUGCUCGAUAAUCUUAUUUAUUAAAAAAAGGAAGACUUUAAUUUCUGACUUUAAAAAGAUUAACAUAAGCUAUUCUAAUUUAUAGAAUUCUUUAUGUUCUCCUUUGUUUCAUUCCAUUUUAUAAGUGUCCAUUUGAAUGUAAUAAUACACUUUUAAAUAUUUUAUUACUUAUCUGUAUUGGAUUAGAAUUGUAAAUAAUAUAUUUAUGAAUAGAUUAAAGAUAGUUGAAACCAUAUAUUAAUUAAGGAAGGUUUCAUUUUAUUUGAAUCUCUUUACUUUAUAUGAUGCUUAAUAAGUCAUUCCAUUUUCACUGAAUGACUUUUAAACAAUAUUUGCUUUAAGAUAUGCUCUUGAUAAGCUUCACAAAAAGGCAUUCUAUUUUAGAAUCACUAUAAACAUGUAUUUACAUAAUAUAUUUUUAAGAAUUUGGGUUAUCUAUUACAUAAUUUAUGUUGCCUUCUUUUUUACUAAUGCUCAAUAUUAUACAAGUAUUUGAUCUUAAUAUUUUAGGUGAGUAAAAUGUCAUAGUGAGUUUUAUGUUAAUUAUCAUAUCAUUAGACUCAGUCUUUUUUAUAUUUCCAUAUGUAUUUCAUUUUAUAGGAUGGUUUUGCUUUAAAUGUUAUGAUGCAAUUAAGAAAAUAACAUCUAAAAAUAAUGUAAGUAUCCUUUACAUACUUAGAAACUUCUUAGAUCUUUAAAAAUAGAGAAAUACGUUGAAGGAUAAUAAUUAACUGAUGAAAAUAUUUGUAUAAUUUGUUGGGAUUCUUUUAAAAAGGAUGAAUACUAUUCAAGAUUAAAAUGUAAUAAAAAUCACAUAUUUCACACUUCAUGUAUUAAAAUUUGGAUAAAAACCAAUAUAACUUGUCCAGUUUGUAGAUCCUAGUUAGUUUGA